AUGGAAAUGUGUGAGCGGAAUUCUUUAAAUCCCGGCUAUGUUGGUUCUCUGUUGAAUUUUACUUCCCCUGAGUCGCUGUAUUUCUCCAACUUGCGGGGUAACGGAGCCCACAUACCCGGGCUGCACCAGCUCCCUUACAAUAGGAGAGAUGUGUGCACGCUCCCAUGGACUUCUUCAAGUGCGUGCACGUCGGGACCAACAGUACCACCUCAGGGUCGCGGCUUCGGCGGCUACUGUCCGCCGUUUCUGUCCAACCCGUUGUCUCUAAAUACGAACUCUUCCAGCGGCCACGCCAAGGCGCAUCUGGAGGAGUCGGCCCGAUGCUUCCAGGUCACAACCCACAAGACGGAGGAGUCUGCCAGGCGAGAUGAGGUGUACGCCGGGGAGCAUGGGGCCACCAGUGAUCGCGGCUACUCAGACCUGGACAGUCGGUCUCACGGUUCCGCGGCCCGGCUUGAUCCGGAUUCAGUGGAUGUGCUGAAUGGGAACGACACCAAACCGGAGCAGAACCUCAUUCACCCAUCAUCUAGUCACACGUGCUCCAGGACGUCUUUCGCAGAAGCUGCCCCAUGGUGCUCGUCACAAGUGAAAACCAGGAAGAAGAGAAAACCUUACACGAAGCUACAGCUGGCUGCACUUGAGAAUGAAUUCAUGAUGAAUGAAUUCAUCAACAGACAGAAACGGAAAGAGUUGUCAGAAAGACUGGACCUGAGCGACCAACAAGUGAAAAUAUGGUUUCAGAACCGACGGAUGAAGAAGAAACGACUGAUGAUGCGCGAGCACGCUUUCUCUGCGUACUGA